UAGUUGGUAUUCGAUGAAGUUGUUUCGACGUGAAUAAUUAAGAAAAAUGAACGUUGUUGCAAAAUCGACAAAUUUCUUACCACUUUUAAAAUCGACAUCUGUCAUUUCAAAUGGAAUGCAACCAGUAACCGGAAGGGGUAUUGUAGAAAAAACAAAAAUUAUUACUAAAUCUGACGUCAAGCGAAUUCUCGUUCAAAGUUUGCAUGAAUCUCUUAUUACAGGAGCUCUACGAGUGAGUUCAGGAAUUGGAGCCAGUUUAUUAGCAACGCAGAGGAGGUUAGCACAUUCUGAUAUUCAAUGGCCAGAUUUUAGUGAUUAUCGUCAUGAAGCUGUACAAGAUCCAAAAAGUAAAAGUAAAGAAAAUUCAAGUAACCGCAAAUCAUUUGCAUAUCUUAUGACAGCUGCAACUGGAGUUACUGGUGCUUAUAUAGCAAAAUCAGCCAUAUAUGACUUAGUAGCUACAUUUAGUGCUUCAGCUGAUGUACUUGCAUUAGCAAAAAUUGAAAUAAAACUUGAUGCUAUUCCUGAAGGAAAAAGUGCUGUCUUUAAAUGGCGAGGAAAACCUAUAUUUGUACGACACAGGACAAAAAAAGAAAUUGAAAAAGAGGCAGGAGUUGAUAUUAAGACUCUUAGAGAUCCAGAAGUAGAUUUAGAUCGUGUAAAGCAGCCACAAUGGCUGAUUGUUUUGGGUGUAUGUACACAUUUAGGAUGUGUUCCAAUUGCAAAUGCAGGUGAUUUUGGUGGUUAUUAUUGUCCUUGCCAUGGAUCUCAUUAUGAUGCCAGUGGCAGGAUUAGAAAAGGACCAGCUCCAUUAAAUUUGGAAAUACCACCUUAUAACUUUAUCGAUGAUAGUACAGUAGUUAUUGGUUAAUAUAUUAAAAUAUGUAGUGAAAUGAUAAAUGUAAUUUAUAUCAAAUUGUUUUACAAAAUUCGAUUUUUAUUUGUAAAUUUUUUCCUAGAACUAUUACUAUGUUGAAAUAAAUGAAAUAUAA